AUGAUACAAAUAUUAAGGUGGCUAUUGAAGCCUAAACUCUAUUCAAAAUGUAUAUAUUACGUGAAGUGUAUAAAGACGCGGUUAGAGACAAUACAAAAGAAGAGAAGAUUUGUUCAUAAGUUUACGAAGAGUGAUAUCGCAGAACUUCUUAAGAGAGGACGUGAUUAUGAUGCAUAUAAAAGGACCGAAUGGCUUCUUUUCGAAGAAAGAAUGUUAUCGUGCUAUGAAUUUAUCGAGAAGUUUAUUGAUUGCAUAUCAGAUCAUCUUGAAGAUUUAAUUAAGCAAAGUGAUUGUCCUGAGGAAUGCAAGGAAGCUAUACCGUCGUUGAUAUAUGCUGCAGCAAGAAUUUCUGAUUUACCGGAAUUGCGUGAUCUUAGGACUGUGUUUACAGAAAAACAUGAGAAUUCUCUUGAACCAUACAUAAAUAAAGAGUUUGUUGAGAAAUUGAGAAGAGAUCCUCCUACAAGAGAAAUGAAGAUUAAGUUAUUAUAUGAUAUAGCUCAAGAAUUCUCUAUUAAGUGGAAUGCAAGGGGUCUCAAGAAAAUACUAUAUGAGAUAUCUGGCGGAGAAGAAUACAAAUAUGAAAGUGAUGAAUUCAAUACGUCAAAAGAAAAUGAAGCAAGACAACAAUAUAGUAGCGAUGAUGAAACAUCAAGCACAGACACUUCAUCAACACAUCAUCAUGGAAGAAAAUCUAGUUCAAGUUCAUUUGGAAGUGUUUCUGAAGAUGAUGAACAAAAAGUAGAAGAGGAAAUCAAGAAACCAAGAUCCCUUUUGCUAAUUCCACCUCCUUAUCAGAUCAAACAAAAAAUUAACAACAAUUCCAACAAAACAAUGGUUUCUGAAGUACUUGGAAAAAAUGUUGAUUCUAGUGAAAUGAAACAGACAACUUCUGUGGACACAACAUCGUCGUCAAAAGGAAAUGCAGAUGCAUGGCGUUUUCCUCCUGAUUAUGAUGAGUUCAUUGCUUGUUUUAAAGCUUUAACAGGAAGAUCAUAG